AUGGCAGUCAACCAGCUGUCAGGGAAAACAUUUUUGCUUGUUACUGGUGCAAGCCAGGGAAUUGGCAGACAAAUCGCACAAACCUUUGGUUCGUUUUUAGGAAAUGAUUCACAUGUAGUUCUAUUUGCAAGGAAUGUAGAUGGGUUAAAGGAAACUGCUAGUAAAUUACCUUCCCAUGUGAAAAGUAAUUGUUAUAGCGUUGAUAUGAGUACUGCAACAUCUGAGCAAUUUGAAGGCUUAAUAAGGGAAUCACUGAAAAAUGCUGGUCCAACGCCAUUCGAACGAGCAGUGGUAGUACAUAAUGCUGCUUCACUUGGUGAUCUGAAACGUACUAUCGGAUUAACAGAUUGUGAAGAAUGGCAAAAAUAUUACCAUCUUAAUGUAAUUUCUGCUGCUGUAUUGAAUGGCGUUUUCAUGAAAAUAUUCAAUGACGAACAUAAAGCAAAAAUACUCGUAAUCAACAUUACAUCUUUGUGUGGUAUUCAACCGAUGCAAACCAUGGCAUAUUAUUGUACUGGGAAAGCUGCCAGAGAAAUGUUUUUCAAGGUAUUUGCAUUAGAACAUGCGGAUAUUAAUGUAUUAAAUUACUCUCCUGGUCCUGUUCGAACUGAAAUGUUUCAUAAAGUUUGGAACUCAGCUGAGGGUGACGUAAAGGAAUCGUUAAUCGGAACUAAAGAGACAAUGACAGUGUUAACAACGGAACAAACAGCAUAUCGAUUAAUAGAAAUAUUGAAGUUGCAAAAGUACAAGUCGGGAGACCAUGUGGAUUAUUUUGAUGAGUUAUAAAACUAUGAAAUUGUCAUAACAUCUGCAGCUUGAAAAAUCAGUGUACAUCAAAUAGCAUAAAUAAGUAACGAUGUGUCGAAAUACUCUGGAUCGUUCUAUUGUUAUUGGUAUAAUUAGUGUAAAUAAAUGUAUCAAGAAGAAAGUAUGCAGAUAUGUAAUCAAGAAAUAAAUCAUAACUUUGCUCUCGUA